AUGGGUGCUUUCUUCACUGGAUGGGAGUUGUGGGAGGAAAUGAGCUUUGUCUUGGCAUGCUCCAUCGUGUUAGUCUUCGCCUUUGGGCUGGUGCGACUAUGGUGGACGAACCGCAAAAUUGCAAGGCUCGAAUUGAUAGACGAAGAACGGCGCGUGCGAUUGGCAGAGAUGCGGUAUUGCGGUAUCAACGCUCGCGGCAUCACGGAUAUUCCCUUUGGGGUGCGCGCAAUACAAAGUGGUGUUGAAGUCGAGGGCAUCUGGAUAUCACGGCCUAACACUCCUGGUUCCAGUCAUGCCGCCUCUUCGCCCACUCUGAUUGGCGACCCUACAGGCUUAAAAGCAAAAUUAAAGGAAAAGGGGAAAGGAAAGGCUCGAUAUACGUCAGUGGAAGUUACCGAGACGAACUCAUCAUCGUCACCACCUCAGACGACACCUACGUCGGGUUCUUCAACACCUCCGCAGGCUGACGAUAGCGACAUAAAUGAUGUACGACAGCGUCGAUUCCAGCAACCAGUGAAUUCCAAUACGCCUGAGGGGUCACUCGAUGCUCAGCGACGAAAUAUUGCCCGCCAAAUGGCUUCUCGCAGCUCUUCUGCCAACCGCAACAGCAUGGCCUCGUCAUCCAUGGGCGAGUUUGUGAUUCCCCACUCGAGAAACUCAUAUGCCAGUUCAAAGCCAAUCCUUCAGGGAUCCACAGAAUACUACUCUGACAUAUCCAGAACCGGGACAAACGAAUUCUACGACGCCCCUCCGUCCGUACCUUGGGAUCAAGGAUAUAGCAGCUCUGAUGCAGAGAGCUUAGAGGUGGCCAGCCAACGAGCACAGCCAGGCCCUUCUAGGCUACAGAAGAAAUCGCAUUUCUAUAGACCAGUACGAAAUUAA